AUGCUGCCUUACCUGUUCCCUGACCUGUCCACCUUUGCUACAGUCGCCGAUCUUAUCACCCACCUUCGCACUAGUGAUGCUCGCCUGCGUGCCGCCCUUCCCACCGAGUUCUGCGCUAAGAACCCCCCUCCCCUGUACUGGGCACUCCACUUCAUAGUCACCCGUCUCCCUGACACCCUCAGCUCAGUGCGCGACUAUUUCCUUGCUCGCUGUCCCACUGAGCUCACUGUCGCCCUCCUAGAGGAGAAGCUGCUAGCAGCCGAGAAGAGCAUUGUAGCUGUAGGUGCUGCUCGCGGCGCUCCUCGCACCCCCAUCUUUGAGGGGUGCUCUCCCUCUCCCCUCGCUCCCUCCUAUGCUACUGCUGCUGCUGUUGACUUCCUUGGUGCUGAGUCUGCUGGCGCUGCUUCUGCUCCUAGUGGGAGGCGCCGCACCGGCAAGGGCAAGGGGGGCAAGGGUGGCGGGGGUGGCGCUGGGGGGGGAGGGGGUGGGGGAGGUGGGGGGGGAGGCGGUGCUGGAGGGAGCGGUGGCGGGAGUGCUGGUGGGAGUGGGGCCGGCGGCGGAGGCGGGGGCGGCGGCGGGAGCAGUGGCGGUGGUGGCAGCGGCGGCAGUGGCGGCGGUGGCGGUAGUGGCGGUGGCGGUGGCGGUGGUGGCGGUCGGAGCGGAGGUAGUGGCGGCGGUGGAGGUCGGAGUGGAGGCACCGGCUCGGGCCAGAGCUCCCAGCAGCAGCAGCGUCCCCAGUCGACCCAGCAGCUUCGUGAGUGGCUUGCUCAGCGUGGGACGUCGGGGGGCAGUGGCCGCUGUUCCUAUGUCAUUCGCACAGGUGAUCGCAAGGGGCAGACGUGUGGAAAGUUCCACACUCAGUACCGCUGCUUCUUCCGCCUUGACGACGCUUGGCGUGAGGAGAUGGGCGAGGAUGUUGAGCGCCCUCGCUGGGCUGAGCUGAUGAGGGCUGGUGUUGAUAUCUUUGCUCUUGACUAUGACGCUAUCCUUGCUGCCAUGUAUGCAUUGACUGUUAGUGCCGAGGGAGACUGUUACUUGUGUGUGCCGCCUGACCCAGGUAUAGAGCCCGCUGCCCUAGGUACUAGUGAGUCUGCUCUCUCUGGUAUGGUGCCCCCUGUACCUGCUCCCUCCAGCACUGUCCCUGCUGCUUGCGAGUCUGCUCUCUCAGGUACAGCACCCACAGAGACUGCUCUCUCAGGUACUGCACCGACUGAGGCCUGUCACACCUUCACCCUUGACUCAGGUGCUUCCCGCUGCUUCUUUCGAGACAGUACUGAGCUCACACCGCUUCCUGCACCGGUCCCAGUCUCCUUGGCUGACCCCUCUGGGGGCCCAGUCCUUGCCCAGUCCACCACUGUGCUCCCUUGUCCGGCGGUUCCGUCUGGCUCGUUGACGGGUUUCCACCUCCCCUCGUUCUCGACGAACCUGGUGAGCAACGCUGUCAUCCAGGAUCAGUGGGUUGACACCUUUACCCCUGGAGGACAGCGUGUGGCGAUCUGCACGUGCUCCAGGACCGGCCGUCACCUGGCUACGUUUACCCGUCGGCCGGGGUCGAGUCUCUACACACUGACCACUGCGUCUCCUCAGGUCGCUGCUGUCGGUCAGGUGUCCGCGUCAGGUCUGGUGGCCCACGCCUGUGAGUGUCGUUCCCUGUCGCACCAGACUCUUCUCUGGCACCACCGCCUGGGUCACCCCUCCUUGCCACGCCUCCGUGGCAUGCACCGUCGCCGCCUUGUGUCUGGUCUUCCCAGGUCCCUCCCUCCCCUCCCUGCCUCGCCUGCGCCGCCUUGCCUUCCUUGCGUCGAGGGGCGGCAGCGCGCCGCUCCUCACUCCUCCUCGUUCCCCCCGACAGAGGCUCCUCUGCAGACCCUCCACCUGGACGUGUGGGGCCCAGCCCGCGUUCGUGGCCAGGGCGGUGAGCGGUACUUUUUGCUGGUUGUCGACGACUACUCGCGUUACACCACGGUCUUCCCCUUGCGCACCAAGGGUGAGGUCCCUGCUGUUCUGAUCCCUUGGAUCCGCACAGUUCGUCUCCAGCUCCGCCGCCGUUUCCGGACGGAUCUUCCUGUCCUGCGUCUGCACUCUGACAGAGGUGGUGAGUUUUCCUCCGACCUCUUGAGGACCUUCUGUCAGGCGGAGGGCAUCGAGCAGACCUUCACGCUUCCGGACUCCCCACAGCAGAAUGGGGUUGCUGAGCGCCGCAUUGGCCUGGUCAUGGAGGUCGCUCGUACCUCCUUGGUCCAUGCGGCGGCUCCCCAUUUUCUGUGGCCGUUUGCUGUCCGGUACGCCGCGCAUCAGCUCAACCUCUGGCCCCGUGUCUCCUUGCCGGAGACCUCGCCCACACUGCGUUGGACGGGGGAGGUUGGCGAUGCGUCGCGCUUCCGGGUGUGGGGUGCUCGUGCCCUUGUCCGCGAUACGUCCGCGGACAAGCUCUCCUCCCGCACGCUUCCCUGUGUCUUCCUUGGCUUUGUCCCUGACGCGCCUGGCUGGCAGUUUUACCACCCCACCUCGCGCCGGGUCUUCGCCUCUCAGGACGUCACCUUUGACGAGUCGGUCCCUUUUUACCGUCUCUUCCCCUACCGCACUGCCCCCCUCCCUCCCCCGCCGCUUUUCCUUGCUCCUGGUCCCCCUCCGGUAGACCCCCUUCCCCCUCAGGGUCCUGCUCCUUCAGGUGUCUCUCAGGUAGACCCUCCUCCCGUCGCUGAGCCUGUCGAGGUCACAGGUGACUCAGGUGCUGCUGCAGGUGGUGCUGCUGGGAGUGCUGAGCCUGGGGGUGCUGAGCCUGCGGGUGCUGGGCCUGGGGGUGCUGGGACUGCGGGUGCUGGAGCUGAGGGUACUGUGCCUGAGAGUUCGGCGCCUGGGGGUGCUGAGCCUGGGGGUGCUGCGUCUGGGGGUGCUGAGCCUGCGUGUGCGGAGUCUGGGGGUGCUGAGUCUGGGGGUGCUGCGCCUGCGGGUACUGAGCCUGGGGGUGCUGCUACUGAGCCUACGGAGCCUCGGGUUACUGCGUCUGGGGGUGCUCCGGUUCGGGGUACUGAGCAGUCUCUCACACCGCAGCAGCUUCGUGACUGGUACGUCCGGCGCUUUCGCCGUCCUAGUGGCUCGGCUGGAGCUGGGGACUCUGGAGCUGGCGGUGCUAGCGGAGUUGGAGCUGCCGACUCUGGGGGUGCUCUUCCUAGCGGUGCUGCGGACCCUGGGGGUGGCGCUGCUGCUGGUGCUGCGGACCCACCUGGUGGAGCUGCUGCUGGUGCUGAGGACCCGGCCGGUGAGCGGUACUUUUUGCUGGUUGUCGACGACUACUCGCGUUACACCACGGUCUUCCCCUUGCGCACCAAGGGUGAGGUCCCUGCUGUUCUGAUCCCUUGGAUCCGCACGGUUCGUCUCCAGCUCCGCCGCCGUUUCCGGACGGAUCUUCCUGUCCUGCGUCUGCACUCUGACAGAGGUGGUGAGUUUUCCUCCGAUCUCUUGAGGACCUUCUGUCAGGCGGAGGGCAUCGAGCAGACCUUCACGCUUCCGGACUCCCCACAGCAGAAUGGGGUUGCUGAGCGCCGCAUUGGCCUGGUCAUGGAGGUCGCUCGUACCUCCUUGGUCCACGCGGCGGCUCCCCAUUUUCUGUGGCCGUUUGCUGUCCGGUACGCCGCGCAUCAGCUCAACCUCUGGCCCCGUGUCUCCUUGCCGGAGACCUCGCCCACACUGCGUUGGACGGGGGAGGUUGGCGAUGCGUCGCGCUUCCGGGUGUGGGGUGCUCGUGCCCUUGUCCGCGAUACGUCCGCGGACAAGCUCUCCUCCCGCACGCUUCCCUGUGUCUUCCUUGGCUUUGUCCCUGACGCGCCUGGCUGGCAGUUUUACCACCCCACCUCGCGCCGGGUCUUCGCCUCUCAGGACGUCACCUUUGACGAGUCGGUCCCUUUCUACCGUCUCUUCCCCUACCGCACUGCCCCUCUCCCUCCCCCGCCGCUUUUCCUCGCUCCUGGUCCCCCUCCGGUAGACCCCCUUCCCCCUCAGGGUCCUGCUCCUUCAGGUGUCUCUCAGGUAGACCCUCCUCCCGUCGCUGAGCCUGUCGAGUUCACAGGUGACUCAGGUGCUGCUGCGGGUGGUGCUGCUGGGAGUGCUGAGCCUGGGGGUGCUGAGCCUGGGGGUGCUGGGCCUGGGGGUGCUGGGGCUGCGGGUGCUGGGACUGAGGGUGCUGGAGCUGAGGGUACGGUGCCUGAGAGUACGGAGCCUGGGGGUGCUGAGCCUGCGGGUGCGGGGCCUGGGAGUGCUGGGACUGCGGGUGCUGGAGCUGAGGGUACUGUGCCUGAGAGUUUGCCGCCUGGGGGUGCUGAGCCUGGGGGUGCUGCGACUGGGGGUGCUGAGCCUGCGGGUGCUGAGCCUGCGGGUGCUGAGCCUGGGGGUGCUGCUACUGAGCCUACGGAGCCUCGGGUUGCUGCGUCUGGGGGUGCUCCGGUUCGGGGUGCUGAGCAGUCUCUCACACCGCAGCAGCUUCGUGACUGGUACGUCCGGCGCUUUCGCCGUCCUAGUGGCUCGGCUGGAGUUGGGGGUGCUGGGGCUGCUCGUCCUGGGGGUGCUCGUACUGGGGGUACUGGAGCUGCCGGGACUGGUUGUUCUGGGAGUACUGCGCCUGGAGCUGCUGGAGCUGGGGACUCUGGCGCUGGCGGUGCUAGCGGAGUUGGAGCUGCCGACUCUGGGGGUGGCGCUGCUGCUGGUGCUGCGGACCCGCCUGGUGGAGCUGCUGCUGGAGCUGAGGACCCGAGCGGUGGCGCUGCUGCUGGUGCUGGGGACCCGGACGUUGGAGCUCCUGCUGGUCCUGAGGACCCGGCCACUGGAGUCUCUUCUGCUUCUGGAGACGCUGCGCGGCCGCGACCGUACUUCGUACCGCUCCUUCAGCAGGUUCUUGGGCAGGCUCCUCCUCCUUGUCCUCCUCCCUCCGUCGAGUGUCCUCCGCCUGUCCAGCCGCAGUCACAGUUACCGCCUGCCUCGCCUCUCCCUGCUCCCUCUCCGUACGCUGGUCCCACAGGAGGUCUUACAGAGCGUCGUGAGCCUGAGUCUCGUCCUGCGUCGCCUGUUCGUCCUGCUCGCACUGGUAGUCGUGUCCGUCGUGAGCGUCCUCCUCCUGUCCCAGGCACUCACUACAUGACUCUGCGUCCCUCUACUGCUCCUCGGCGUGUCCCUCUACCGUCUCCUCCUGCGUCCUCUUUGCCUGCCGUUCCGGACCCUGAGUCUGACCGGUAUCGCGCUGAGCACCCUACAGUCACGCGUCUCCUAGCUACUGUUGUCACUGACCCUACCUUUGAGUCCUCGGCUGCGUCUGCUCUGGUCGCUGAGUUGGUUGACUUUGCUGCUGCCUGUCGUCUAGACUACGCUGCUAGCCUUGUUGCUGAGUCAGAGUCUGCGUCUGUCUGUCCUCCGUCCGUCGGGGGUGAGUGUGCUCUUGGCACGGACGUCCUUGAGGACAGGCAGGAGGACUUUGACUCUCUUGCGGCUGCUGUACCUCAUCUCGUGGCCUGGUUGCUUGCCCCUGAGGGAGACCCGGAUGCACUAGACAUCCUCACUCCGCGCACUUACGCAGAGGCGAUCUCGGGUCCCUACUCCUCUCAGUGGCAGACAGCCAUGGACGCAGAGAUGGCAUCCUGGAAGUCCACAGGCACCUACGUCGACGAGGUUCCCCCUCCUGGGGCGAACAUCGUCGAUGGCAUGUGGAUUUUCAGGGUGAAGCGGCCGCCAGGUUCUCCGCCUGUCUUCAAGGCUCGUUACGUUGCUAGAGGCUUCAGUCAGCGUCAGGGGGUCGACUUCUUCCAGACCUUCUCCCCCACCCCGAAGAUGACCACUCUUCGGGUUCUGCUGCACGUUGCUGCUCAGCGUGACUACGAGCUUCACUCUCUUGACUUCAGCACAGCGUUCCUGCAGGGCAGCCUGCACGAGGAGAUCUGGCUGCGCCGCCCACCUGACUUCACUGGGUCGUUUCCUCCUGGUACCCAGUGGAGUCUCCGCCGGCCAGUCUACGGUCUCCGCCAGGCGCCACGUGAGUGGCACGACACACUGAGGACUACACUUGCGGCUCUUGGGUUCGCGCCGUCUACUGCUGACCCGUCGCUGUUUCUGCGCACAGACACGUCGCUGCCGCCGUUCUACAUUCUCGUGUACGUCGACGACUUGGUCUUUGCUACUGCUGACACUGAGGCACUCGCUCGUGUGAAAUCACCCGGGACAGAGCUCGCCGCACCAUCACCCUGA